AUGUAAACAUAACCUAAGAAAUAUAACGUGUCAAAGGAUAGUUUUUAUUAAUUUUAACACAAAAAAUGACUACGGAACCAAUUGCCUUGCCACAGAAGCGGUAUUACAGACAGCGGGCCCAUUCUAACCCCAUCGCCGAUCAUUGUUUUGACUACCCCCGAACCCCCGAUGACAUGGACUGGUCUUCAUAUUACCCCGAGGCUAAUCCAGUAGUUGAGUUUGCUGACAUUGGUUGCGGCUAUGGGGGCUUACUAAUCACCCUGUCACCACUUUUCCCAAAAACGCUCAUGUUAGGGAUGGAAAUCCGGGUGAAAGUGUCCGACUAUGUGAUGGAUAGGAUAGCCGCGUUAAGGUCACAAAAUCCGGGUCAAUAUCAAAAUAUAGCAUGUUUGAGGAGUAAUGCCAUGAAAUAUUUGCCUAAUUACUUCAAAAAAGGCCAAUUAAAGAAAAUGUUUUUCUUGUACCCUGACCCACACUUUAAGAAAUCUAAGCACAAAUGGCGCAUCAUUAAUCAAUCUUUACUCGCCGAGUACGCCUUUGUUUUGGCAAUAGGAGGGGUAGUUUACACCGUAACCGAUGUUAAAGAACUCCACGAAUGGAUGAAACAACAUUUCAAUGAACAUCCUUUAUUUGAACAAAUCCCUGAUGAGGAACUGAAACUUGAUCCAGUGGUGGACAAACUCUUUGAUAGCUCUGAAGAAGGCCAGAAAGUGACUCGAAACGAGGGCGACAAGUUCCUAGCUGUUUUUCGCCGAAUUGAAGACCCAUUUUGUCAAAAAUAAAUCAUACAAACCUAUCAGUUUUUCUCGCAAAAGGCCCCACAUGAAACGUUGCCUCCAAACUAUGCGUCACCGCUUCUUUGGAAAUUUCGCCAAUUUCCGACAAUUUUGCUUGAGUGAAGAAUUUUUUCGUCUCGUGUUGUUUGGCCUUUUCCUCGAGUUUAAUUUGCGAGUACAGGGGGUUGGGUUCGUUUUUCAUGAUGUGUAUUUUCUCGCGGAAAUAGUCACAGAAGACAGCAUCACUGGAGUCAGGUGUGAGAAGAAAAAAAAUUAAAAAUGGUUACCUGGCUAAAUAUUCGAGAACAUUUUUUGUUAGUUCUUUCGCAAUGAGUGGUUCGUCAAUUUUACAUUCUUCUUGGGUUAUUUUUUCGAUUGGCGGUCUAAUUGGACGUUCUUUUUCUUCAGUUGCUUUGAAAUAUUCUUCUAAAAAUUGAUCGACGUCGAUGGGGAUUGUAUCACAAGGUUUUUGCUUCAUUUGGGAUUCGAGGGAAAGACAAGUGUCGCGGUCCGAGUACCCAAUAACGUUAAUUGUUACCGGCAAUGUAAUAUUAAAGAAUUCGGGCAUUGGUGGUAAUUCAAUGUCUUCAAUUUCCUGUAAUUAAAUUACAUAAAAUUGUGAUAAUAAUAAACAACAACAACUUUA